GGUUUGGGCCCAGCCCUCCCGGCGGCGGGGCCGGCUGCGCCGCUGUGCCAUGAGAGGCUUUAAACGGCAGGUGCGGGGGAGCCAGGCAGACGCGCAACCGGCGGCUGCUGCGGCCCGGCGGUAGCGGCGGGAGGGCGAGCCGGUGGACGGACGCCUUUCGGCUCGGCUCGGCUCGGCGGGAGCCGCGGCGGAGCGGAGCAUGUCGGUGGCGACCGGGGGCAGCGAGGCAGCGGCAGCGGGCGGCGGCGGCGGGAACCGGGUUUUCUUCCAGACCCCCCGCGGCGGCGGCGGCGGCGGCGGGAGCAGCUCCUCCGGCGGCUCCUCCCGGGAGGACUCGGUGUCGGCGGCGGCGGCCGUGGUGCAGGUCCAGCAGCGGCGCCACCAGCAGGGAAAAGUGACGGUGAAAUACGAUCGGAAGGAGCUGCGGAAGCGGCUGGUGCUGGAGGAGUGGAUCGUGGAGCAGCUGGGGCAGCUCUACGGCUGUGAGGAAGAAGAGAUGCCAGAUGUAGAAAUUGACAUUGAUGACCUUCUUGAUGCAGCCAAUGAAGAGGAGAGAGCUCUCAAAUUACAGGAAACUCUUGUAGAUUGCUACAAACCAACAGAGGAAUUUAUCAAAGAGCUGCUAACUCGGAUAAGAGGAAUGAGGAAACUCAGUCCCCCUCAAAAGAAGAGUAUAUAAAUAACUCAAAGUAGUAGCACUCUGUAAAAGACAUGGCAAGGGAAAUUGGACUUUGAAUACAAGACCUUUAUUAAAAUAGUUGUCUUUCUCCACAACUUUUUUGAUUUCAUUCAGUUUUGACUCAAGGAAUUUGUGUGUUUUAAGGGUUCUUUUUUAAGUGUCAGUUUUUUUAUCAAGAAUAUCAACAAUUUGGAUGCAGCUCAACUUUCACUUGAGGAUUACUGAAGCAAGUGAAGAAUCCAAGAGUUAGUGAUGAGGGGCAGCAAGCCUACGUGGUGAACCAGAAGAUCUUGUAAAUUUACAGAGCUAGGAGACUUCUCCUUGCAACUAGUUUGAUAACGUUUUUUUUUAAGUUGGUUGUACAUUUAACUCAUGGAUGUCAAGUUUCUUGUGCUUGUCUGUACAUAAACUAUACAGUGGGUUGUGAAUACUGUUUCACACGGAUAGAAGGAAAAGUUUCUUACAGUAAAUUAUUUAAAUGGUGGUUAUUGCAAAUUUGCUACCAGAAAGUACUGAUUUAGAUUACUAAAAUGAGUGCUGCCAUUUUUCUGAAUACCCUUAAAGCAGCCCAGUGAAGAAUUUCAUCAUAUCUCCUUGUUUAGACUGCAGCAUAUGACAACUGGGAAUUUUAAGGGCUUAAUUUGUAAACUUAAAGUUAUUUGAUUGACUUUGAUGCUUUGCCAGAUUGUUUCCUCUCUGCCUCAUGGUGUCUUGGAACUGUGGUAACCUAUACUGAACAAGGGCCUCCAGUGAUAUCUAGAGAAAUGUCUGUCACUGUUCAAAAGCUGCUUCACAGUGGAGGAAAGGCAAUGCUACCAAAAUGAAUUACAAGCACUGUCUUGCAUUUAGUGAUGAGGUCUUAAUCGAAUGCAGAUUCCUCUCCUAUUAAGGUAGGCAAAGAAUAUUAUAGUCUUUGUUUAUGGCUCUGCCCUGAGAAGUGGGGAGACUUCCUAACUUGGGCUCUCGUACUUGUAAAAGCAAGAACAGAAGAGAGAUCCCUGCUCCCUCCUGGAAAA